CAUUUUGGGAUUCGAUUUUUCUCCCAAAUAUCUGGCGAAGGUAGUUGGAACCACCGCCAACAGCUCUUUUAACAGAAACCCCAGGGCGGAUCUCUCGAUGCUGAAAGUAUCUCAAAACCCACAUUUUAUUUCUUUCUUAUUAACAACAUGAAUCCUACUAAACCAAAGCACAUCUCUUCCCCUCAACCUGAAAAAAAAUCCCAUCUCCAACGUCAACGUUUUGCCCUUUCAAGGUACUAUUUCUCAUCUCUUGUCAGAAUCCGCUGCUUUAUCUUUCAUUUUCGAUCAUGGAAAUCCCACUUGCUCGUUACCAAUGCAUUUCGUUAGAUCAGUUGCAGAUUAGUUGUAGCUUUCCUUUAUCAAGCCAUAGGGUUUUCAGAAGAAAACCGUUGUUUUCUGGUUAUUCUUUUCGAUUCAAUAGGGUAAAAUGGAGUAAUACAUUUGAUAAAAUCAAAUGUUUUUCACUAGAGCAAGGGCUGCAACCGCGGCGGCCCAAGCUAAAACCUUUUAGGAGUACUAAUCCUGUAUUGAAAGAAAUAGAAGAGACCCAGGUUAAAAGACCCAGCGUUGGGUUUUGUAGUAAUAUAGAGAAGUUGGUUUUGUGUAAUAGGUAUAGAGAAGCGCUUGAAUUGUUUGAGAUUUUGGAACUUGAAGGUGGUUUUGAUGUGGGUUUAAGCACAUAUGACGCACUGGUGAGCGCGUGUAUUGGGUUGAGAUCUGUUAGAGCUGUGAAGAGAGUGUUUAAUCACAUGCUAAACAAUGGUUUCGAGCCAGAUCAGUAUAUGAGUAACAGGGUGCUGCUAAUGCAUGUAAGAUGCGGGAUGAUGAUCGAUGCGCGUUACUUAUUUGAUGAAAUGCCUGAGAGGAAUUUGGUUUCAUGGAAUACCAUCAUUGGCGGCCUGGUAGAUUUUGGGGAUUACUUGGAGGCGUUUAGGUUGUUUCUACUUAGGUGGGAGGAGUUCUCUGAUUGUGGAUCUCGAACUUUUGCUACAAUGAUCCGGGCAUCUGCAGGGUUGGAACUCAUUUUAGUAGGAAGGCAGCUGCAUUCAUGUUCAGUGAAGAUGGGUGUCAAUGAAGAUAUCUUUGUGACUUGUGCACUGAUUGACAUGUAUAGUAAGUGUGGCAGCAUUGAGGAUGCUCAAUGGGUUUUUGAUGACAUGCCAGAGAAGACUACUGUGGGAUGGAAUUCCAUUAUAGCAGGUUAUGCUCUUCAUGGUCACAGUGAGGACGCACUGAGUAUGUUUUAUGAGAUGCGUGAUUCUGGUGUUAAAAUGGACCAUUUCACGUUUUCGAUAAUUAUAAGAAUUUGUUCGAGGUUAGCUUCAACUGAACGUGCUAAGCAAGCUCAUGCAGGUCUGAUUCGUUAUGGUUUUGGGUUGGAUAUAGUGGCUAACACAACUCUCGUGGAUUUCUAUAGCAAAUGGGGGAGAAUAGAAGAUGCUCAAUGUGUUUUUGACAGGAUGCCUCGCAAGAGUACCAUAUCUUGGAAUGCUUUAAUUGCUGGAUACGGUAAUCAUGGUCAGGGAGCUAAAGCUGUGGAGUUGUUUGAGCAAAUGCUUCAAGAAAGAAUGAGACCUAACCAUGUCACUUUUCUUGCUGUGUUAUCUGCAUGUAGCCAUUCAAGAUUAUUUGAACGUGGUUGGGAAAUUUUUCUGUCUAUGAGUAGAGAUCACAAGAUCAAGCCCCGUGCAAUGCAUUAUGCUUGUAUGAUUGAAUUAUUAGGUCAAGAGGGGCUUCUAGAUGAAGCCUUUGCAUUGAUAAGAAGUGCUCCCUUCAAGCCUACGGCAAACAUGUGGGCUGCUUUGCUGACAGCUAGUCGUGUUAAUGGAAAUUUCGAGCUUGGAAAAUUUGUAGCGGAGAAGUUGUAUGGGAUGGAACCUGAGAAGCUUGGGAAUUAUGUUGUGCUUUUGAAUAUCUACAAUGAUUCUGGCAAGUUAAAGGAAGCAGCUGCUGUUUUGCAGACUUUGAGAAGGAAGGGCUUGCGAAUGCGUCCAGUCUGCUGUUGGAUUGAAGUUAAUAAACAGUCUCAUGUUUUCGUUUCCGGAGACAAAUGCCAUGUCCAGACAAAUGAGAUUUACCAGAAAGUUGAUAGCUUGAUGCUCGAAAUUUCAAAGCAUGGUUACGUUCCCAAGGAGAAAAUUUUGCUUCCUGAUGUGGAUGAACAGGAGCAGAAUGUAUUGUUGUACCAUAGCGAGAAAUUAGCAGUAGCUUUUGGUCUGAUAAAUACUAGGAAUGGAUCACCUUUGCAGAUCGUGCAGGGCCACCGAAUUUGUAAUGAUUGCCACCAUGCUGUUAAGUUGAUAGCUCUGGUUACUCGAAGGGAAAUUGUUGUGAGAGAUUGUAGUAGAUUCCACCAUUUCAAAGAUGGGAGCUGUUCUUGCGGUGAUUACUGGUGAUGUUAAAACUUUAUAAUUAAUUUAAGGCUCUAGAAUUUUGUCACAUUGUAUGGCAGUUGAUCUGAUUAUUUCUCAAUGAGCGAUUUUUCCUUUUUACUACUAAUAACGUAAGUUCACAUGGCGUUGUUGUAAUUUUGAAGUUCAUCAAUAAAAAAUCAAUUCUUU